AUGUGCACAAAGCACAACAUCAGCAACAAGCUCAACAGAAGGAUCAAGAACUACAAUGCAUUUGGUGAAGGCAACACAGCCAAGGUCAGCUUCAGGUUCCCCAACUUUGAGACCUGUGAGCACUGGGCUGAGUUGAUUCAGUUCCUCAGCCCCCCAGAGUUCCAGGACACAAAGCUCUGGGAGCAGCAACACCUGGUGGCAAAGUGCAUGUGCACUCGCAUGAACCAAUGCAACAUCACACACAACAUCCUGGUCAAGCCAGCAGGCGACUUCCAAGGGCAACAACUCUCCCAUCUCAAGUUGGGCAUCAUCUAUGAGCUGGGCAAGUCAGGAUGGGCAAUGAUGGACAUCAGUUUGGCGUGUUUGCACAAUGGGUUCCACUUCUACAGCCAUUAUGUGCAGGCCACUCUGUUGUCCUAUGAGUACCUGCAGCACAGGCAAAGGUAUUGUGUGUGUUGGUGUUCAUAG